AUGGACGACCCGUAUAAUAGCAGGUCUGCAUCUGCUGUUUUUGAGCCUUCUCCCUUCUGCCAAUGCACAAGCACGUUCAACAAGACCAAGAAACCCACCGUCAAGAGACAACCGAUCGAGAAUAAAUAUACGCAACCCCCAGAGUCCCGAACUUCAAUCCGACAUCCAAGCACUCCCAAACAACCACGCUCCAAGAUGCCCAAGUGUGCGUAUUGCGGAAACCAGUCCGACCACUACUCAUGUAACUGCGGAUCUGAGUACUCCAGCACAUCGUCUGUCGACAAGAAUCCAACAUCCUUGAACGACCCGAAGCCAGAGUUGGGCAUCUCUUCCUCAGUCUCGGGGACUGGAACCGGGUCCGGUUCUUCAACCUAUACAUCAACCCAAUCUCAUGAUUAUGUUGGCAAGCCCAGUGGAUCCUCGAGCGGCUAUGACCCCGAGCUGAGCGUCAUGAGGCGAGAACCGCCAACAGCUCUCAAAGUGAACAAAUCGGCUUUCAAUCAGUCGAAUGUCGAGCUUGAUGGGUCCGACUGGUCACUGAACGCAACGUCAAAGUCGAAUUAA